AUUAAAAAAAGCGAGGACUGAAAGCUAACUUCACGUAGCUAUGUGCCAAGUACCAACUGCCAAGUGCCAAGUGCCUAAAAGUGCCAGCACCAGAGGUUGCCGUAUUGGCGUAGCACCAUUUUUCCUUUGAAUAUUAUAAUUUAUUGCCGCAAUUCCUUCAAUAUGAACCAAAAUUAUCCUAAUUUAUUUAAUUAUAAAUUUCUGGCUUGCUUAUUAGUCUUGCUGUGCCACAGUUUUUUCAAUCCCACCGAUAGCGGAGCAGUACAAAUUACACAAAGUAAUUUGGACAUGGUAUUAGCUUCAAAUGAGGUUGUAUUUAUAAAUUUUUAUGCUGAGUGGUGUAAGUUUAGUAACAUGCUUAUGCCAAUAUUUGAUGAUGCUGCCGAAGAAGUGUCAAAAGCUGGCUACGAUCCUGGAAAAGUGGUGAUGGGGAAAGUGGAUUGUGACCGUGAAGGUGCUAUUGCCACCAGGUUCCACAUUACCAAAUAUCCCACAUUGAAGCUCUUCCGUAAUGGCCUGCCUGCUAAAAAAGAAUACAGAGGUCAACGCUCAGUGGAAGCCUUCGCAGAGUUUAUUAAAAAACAGCUUACGGAUCCAAUUGUCACCUUUGGAUCUCUGCAAGAACUGCAACAACUAAGUGACGAUAAGAGAUACAUUAUUGCCUACAUGGACAGAAGGGACCAGCCUGAAUAUGAAGUGUUGAGGAAAGUAGCGGCCAGUCUGAAAGAUGAGUGCCUAUUCCGUGCUGGUUUCGGAGAUGCUUCACAGCAAAUGCAUCCUCCAGGUCAGCCUGUUGUUGUCUUCAGACCGGACAAAAAGACCUCUGUGGAGUCUGAUGAGACAUUUGAGGGCAAGUUGACGAGCUUUGACGAGGUUUAUAGUUGGGUGCAAAAGAAGUGUAUACCUCUAGUCCGUGAGAUUACGUUUGAGAAUGCAGAGGAGCUCACUGAAGAAGGACUGCCAUUUUUGAUCCUCUUCCACAGCCCAAGUGAUACAGAGAGUGUGAAGAAAUAUAAAGAAAUUAUCCAAAGGGAACUGGAAUCUGAGAAAGAGAACGUCAACUUCUUGACCGCCGAUGGCGUGCGGUUUGAACAUCCACUGCACCAUUUGGGCAAAUCCAUCAGCGAUUUGCCACUGAUCGCUAUCGAUUCCUUCCGUCACAUGUAUCUUUUCUCCAAGUACAGUGACAUGGAGAAACCAGGAAAACUUAAGGAAUUUCUUCAAGACUUGUACUCUGGGAAGUUGCAUAGAGAGUUCCACUAUGGUCCGGACCCUGUUUAUGAGGCCAAUAACGCGAUUAAAGUGACCACUCCUCCGGAGUCGACGUUCAAGAAACUAGCGCCUUCCAAAAACAGAUAUACACUCCUUCGUGACGAAUUAUAAGUUCACUUAAUCUAGCUCAUGCAAUUUAGUAUAAGUUACCUAGUAAGUUCUUGUGAAAUUUGUUUUGUCGUUUAUUAAAUUUUUUUCUACUCACUGUUCAACCAAUUAUUUUAUGUGAACAAAAUUAAUGACUUUGGUACUAAAGUUUGGUGAUAUUGAUUCAAACCCUUAAAAAAGGAUACAAGUUUGGUUAUGAAACCACCUUAUAUGGCAUGGUAUCGAUAAAUAAGCAUUUGGAAUUUUAUUAUUGUUGUAAUACAGAUAAGAGAUUGCGGUAUUAUUGUGACCUCCCGCUAAUCAAAGUUUAUACCUUAAUAAUGAAUCAAUAUUGAAAUAAACAAUGUAUCCUUCAACAACACCAAAACAGUUAUAUCACAAAAAUUUAACAAUACAUUUUUCGGUACACUAGUAGAGAAUAUUUUUAGAAUAAAUUUUUAAAUAUGGUUAUAAUGAGAUAUUUGGAACAAGAUUUAUUUAACUUUUCGUUAUAUUUUUUUUUAUCUAAAACAGUGCAAUUAUUCAGACUUUGGUCAGACUGAUGCGGCUCAUUUACACUCAAUAGAUUUACACAGUUCUUUUAUAUUGGGUUUCUAAUGCUAUGGAGUAAUAAGUUUACUUAUUAGGAUAUGAAAAUGUGUAGUAAAUACACGAAACCACAUAAGCUUGUGAAUUAUUGAAGGUAUGCUAUGCUAAAUAGCAGUUCUUUGGUUUUUCUAGUGUAGAUGAUUUUUUGGACUUCCAUCUUAAUAGUUUCUGAAAAAUAAUGGGGAUUAACAUAAUUUUGAUAAUCUUAAUGGUAGGGAAUACUAGUUAUAAAUAAAAAUUUCGCUAUUUAGUAUAAUAGAGUAUUUAAAACCCAGAAACUUUCGAUAUACUAUUAUAAAGGUUGUAUAAGGUUUUUUUUAUUUAUUUUUUAAAGAUCUGUACUUUUAAAUUUCUGUGUAUCUAGUUGUAUUUUAGUUUUCCUCUAUACACUUCAUAACAAUCCUGACAUCGCUAUUUAAAAACAUUGUAUGUACAUAAUGUUUAAUUAAUAUUUCUCAGUGAAUUAGUAAUCUGUUCUUUACUUUGCCAUUUGAAAAUAUAACUAACUAUAUUAUGUUUAUUUUCUGCUGUCGUAGUGUUUACUUAUUUAUUAAAUAUGUGAAUUAUUGACUUUGUAUGUUUAAAAAGCUUGUGCUUAUGUGGUGAUCCAUUAGCAAGGCCACUUGUCAAAGUGAGAUAUGUAAGCUGAUAAAAUACUUUGCAUAAAAUUAUGUUGGUUUAUUUAAACAUGUGUUUUUAAUUAUACGGUAGUAUUACUCUCUAUAAUUUGCUGUUUAAUUGUUGCUUGUUUACUGGUAUCAUACAACGUAUUAUAAGACAUUAUGUGGGUCAUUUUGUUGAUGUAUUUUUCUUUAUUUUUGCAGAACAAAAUAUUCCCUUUGGAAUAUAGGACUCAACGAAAUAUUUGGCCUUUUUUUCAUGCUAAUAAAAGUCCUUGAGUCCA